CGAGUCGCGGUGAGAUGGCGCCGCGCUCGGCGCAAUUAGUCAAACGUCAAAUUGUUUGCAGUUGACAGAUCUCGUGCAGUGUUGGGGGCAAAAAUGUGGAGUACAGGUUGAUUUCGUUUGGAUUUUAGUGCCGCGUUUCGAUAUGCACUCGAUCUGGGUGACGGGAAGACUUUUAUCGCGAGCAAUCUGGAAUGGAUUAUCCAACUAUUCGACCAGCUCGGCCGAUCCAGCUUUGAAGCAGAAAAGCGAACCUUGCCUGGUCUCGGCCGUCUGCGGCUUCAGCAAAGACAAGAAAAUCCAGAGGCUUUUGAAAGGGACGUUCGGGGACGACGCCUGGUUCACGGCCAAACAAAAAAACGCAGAUGUUUUGGGCGUAGCCGAUGGGGUCGGGGGAUGGAGGGCUUACGGCAUAGACCCGGGUGAAUUUUCGCUGCACCUAAUGAAAAAUUGCGAACGACUAGUGAAUCUGGGCAGAUUUCAACCCACAAAUCCGUCUGAAUUGCUGGCCAAAAGUUACUACGAACUUUUGCACCACAAAAAGUCAAUUUUAGGUUCCAGUACCGCCUGCGUGGUGGUGCUAAAUAAGGAGAACAGCACCCUCUAUACGGCCAACAUCGGCGACAGCGGUUACAUGGUUGUCAGACGUGGCAAGGUCAUCCAUCGUUCCGAAGAGCAGCAGCAUUACUUCAACACGCCGUUUCAGCUUUCGCUGCCGCCUCCGGGUUACCAAGAGGGCGUGCUAAGCGACACUCCAGAUACCGCCAUUACCGACAAUUUUCCCGUCGAAGAUGGCGACGUUAUUUUGGUCGCCACAGAUGGCGUUUUCGACAAUUUACCGCAGAGCAUCAUAGUCAACGAAUUAGUCAAGGUUCAAGGGGAGAGAAGCGCAUCCAGACUGCAAAUGGUGGCAAACUCAAUAGCCUGGAUGGCUAGAAGUUUGUCCUUCGACGAAACUUUUAUUUCGCCUUUUGCCGAAAGUGCAUUUGCUAACGGUAUUAACACCAUUGGUGGCAAACCUGACGAUAUAACCGUGCUUCUAGCCACGGUGGCAAUAUGAAAAAGGCCUUAGUUUUGUAGGUAGUCGAUAAAUAAAUUGUGACUUUUCAGUCCGUCAUUUAGUUUGUAUGUAAUUUUGAUGUCAUUGCAUCGCUAUCAUCAUUUUGUAUUAUUUAUGCACGUUCGUAUUUUGUUUUAAGGCUCAUUUUUCAUAUACACCCUAAGUCCAUUUUUUUACAGAGUUUUUUUAGCAGGUACAUCAAUUCUGCAAAAAUGGACGUUUUAAAUUCACUGAAAAAUACAUCAAAAUGAAAUAGGUGCUUGAUAUUUUUUGCUGUAUUUUUCCACGUUUAUUCAAUUAAUUGAAUGAAAAAAAUCAAAGUACCGAGUAGAACAUACUCGGUACUUUUAGUACCUGAAGUGUUCUUCACACACAGAUGGGGUUUUCUAACCUAAAAAAUAGUUUUUGUGCCAUACUCGAAGACUAUUUUCAAUGAUAAUACAAAUUUACGAUGAAACCGCGUCAAUUGGACUGAAACUUCGUAGUUUUAAUUUUUUGUUGUGAUAUUUAAUUUUUCACCGGUUUCGGGCCAAGGUGCGCAAACAGGUUAUACAGGGUGUCUCAGAAUAAACUGAACACCCCGUGAAUCACCUGCUGUCGACCUUGCAUUUUUUUUUAUAUUAAUUCGGGAAAAUCUUCUAAAAUUUGUCUUGUGCUGUCCAUAUACGUCUUUUUCAUAAUAAAAAAUAGUGAUUUUUGACCAAAUAUUUUUCUGUCUAAUAUUUAGGCAGGAUUUAUUUUUUUUAGUUUUGCUCCAUAUACAUAUAAAUAAAUAAAUGAAUAUUAUUUACCGAGGAAAAUGUAUACUCAACACUUGUUCUUAUUUGCAGCUGUAAAAUACAGAUUUUUAGUUGUAAUAAACUAGUUUGA